UCUGCAUCCUGUGUCUACAUUCUUCCUUAAUGUUUUGAUGGCUGCUUGUUCUUGACGAUAUUUUUCACAGUUAAAUUGUGCAGUUCCACUGUAAUCCCGCAUUUGAGAAUCGGUGAGCGUAGUAAAUAUAAGUAUCCAUCGUCUUAGCCCAGGCAUCUUGCACGAAUUGAAAUAUUACAAUUUUGGUGAUGGAUCAGUCUUCAAUGGUCAGUUUAGGUAUGAACAUGAACCCUUUCUAUCAGCAGUCUCAAAAUCUACCAGGGCUGAAGAUGGAUAGCGUUGAAACUGAAAAUAGUGACGGAAGUGAUGCAGCAAUUCGAAAACCUUGGAUGAAACGACCUGGUGCACCAAUCACAAAAGUUGCUCCAGAUGUUAAACGUCGCCGAAAGAACUAUCAAGCUAAAAAACUACUUGCUCCAAAGAACCCGUUGAUGGUUCUCAAUGAGUUGAAGCCUGGCCUUCCCUUUACUAUCCUUGACAAGUCUAAUGGGAGCAGCCAGCCAAAUUUCAUAGCUAGCGUUGAGAUAGAUGGGAGGACUUUCUCAGGCCAAGGCAUCAGCAAGAAACAAGCACAACAGGAUGCAGCAGAAAAUGCUUUGAAAGGACUCUUUUUUGAUAAAUUGGUUGACCAGCUUAUGAAGAAAGAUGAUGGAGAUGUUGAAAUGAAAGAUGUGAAUCAAACAUCUGUUAAAACUGAUGUACCGGCUGAUCCCAAACCGCAGACUAUCCCUGAGGAUGAUACCCCUUGGAGUUCACUCGCGUCUUUUGCCAUGUUUAAAUUGGUGAACCUUUGGCAAAACGCAGAUAUGAAAAGCUCUGGUCAUUCAAUCAGUUCAGAAUCCAUCCCAGCUCUAUCGGCCUUCAAUCAGUUUCCCAUACAACCACAACCACAAAUAAAUGUAGGGGCGCUCGGCAAAUUACCUCCUAACCCAAGUGAAAUUGAUCCAGUUAUGCUGCUUAAUCAAAUCAGUCCUUUUUCUAAAUUUACUGAACUUGAAAGGGAUGUUAGAGAUGGUUCCACGGUAUUCACUCUGACUGUUGAGUUCAAUGGUCAAUCAUUCUCUGGAUCAGCCUCUAAGAAGAAGUUAGCUAAGAAGAUUUGUGCUAAAAAUGCAUUGAAAAGUUAUGGGGUGGUAUAUGCUGAUUAGAGCAAACCUCCUCAACCAACUUUUGAGAUUAAAUUUUAUUUUAUGUUAUUUUUUUUUUUAUAUAUUUGAUAUUUUAAGUGUACCACUUUGGUAUGAGUCACUCCUGCAAAUUUUGUUUUCUCAAUCUAUUUACACUGAAUGUGGGCUUGUGAAGGGAGUGGCACUGGAGUGAUUGUGCAAAGUGUGCUGUACUGUUGUCAUGGGUGCAUUCUCAAUUAUUUGAACAUGUUUAGUGUGCUUUCCUGAUUGACAUGAGUGCAUUAUUUGAACAUAAAGAUUAUGUUUAGUGUGUGCUUUUUAUUGACAACAUCAUGAGCAGAUUCAACAUUGUUUGACCACGUUUUGUUUCUAUUAGCUAAUAAAGUAAAAUAAAAAAAAACA